UCUUGGCAUUUCUGGAUUACAUUAUUCUGUAAAAACGUAUUCAAUCAGUAUACAAUAUUCAGUCGACUUAGUCCAAUAUUGGGCGUUCCAAGCAAUUGCUCGGUCAUCGUGAUUUCAUCAUUUACUACAUAUAUGUAUGCGUGACUCUCAAAAUAAUUAGCACCGUAGUAUUUAUACAAGUCGUAUUUAAAUAACUAAAUAAAGUGCAACUUAUCCAAAAUGUGCACCUUUAUCAACUUUUUGUUGUCUCCUUGUGUUCUAUGGCCUGUACUUGGUGCCGCUGCAAUUUAUUUCCUAAGGCAAUACAUGCAAGGCGGACAAUUCGAAAAGCAAACCAAUGAAACGGGAAAAGUUGUAAUUGUAAUCGGUUCCAAUACGGGAAUCGGAAAGGAAACGGUCUUGGAGCUGGCACGUCGAGGGGCCACUGUUUAUAUGGCUUGCAGGGAUAAAAUGGGAACGGAUCAGGUUCGUCUGGAAAUAAUUAGGGAAACCAACAACCAAAACAUUUUGUUCCGUGAACUCGACUUGGCUUCUAUGGAUUCCAUUCGCAAAUUUGUCACGGGUUUCAAGGGCGAACAGGACAAACUACACAUUCUCAUCAACACGCUUACCGAAGAUGGCUUCAAAAUGCAGCGGUUCUUCAACCACAUUGCUCAUUUCGUCCUGACAGGCUUAUUGCUCGAUGUGCUGAAGAAAUCGGCACCCAGUCGAAUUGUCAACGUGACCAGCUUUGCUCACAAUCAUGGCACAUCUCAUAUUAAUGAUGAUGAUUGGAUGUCCGAAAACUUGAAAGAAGCAGGCGUGACUGUCAACUAUAUCCAUCCUGAUGAAUUUCCUCAAAAACUUUUUCUAAUGCUUGGUUAUAACAUGUUUUCUGUGGGCAAUACUGAAGACACCUAAAAGAGGCGCCCAAACUACUUUGUAUGCCGCUCUUGAUCCCGAAUUGAACGGAGUAACUGAAACCGAUAAGAUUGUGAUUGUAACUAGUUUAAAUAAGCGAA